AGUAGGCAGGAUACAGCCCCUAAUCAGCAAUACCAGCAACCAAGGAACACUCAGAAUUCAGGUGGAGGGUUCAGGAAAGGAGGGCUGACUGCCUCCCACUGCUUGAAAUCCCCACGAAGGCUCCAUCCUACUACGGAGGUCUGAAUCGGCCAUUUAGCGAGCCAUAUCCAGCCGCCAUGAAGAUGUUCCAGCAAGCAAGAAAUGCUCCCAAUUCAGCAAACGACCUAAGCAUGACAAUCACUAGGAGAUUCCAGGAACAGAUGGGAGACCAGUACCUUCCACCUAACUCCCUCUUGAACAAUCCACCCUGCAAUGGAGACACCAGAUGGAAACUCCAGGAAAGGAGGGUCUACUUCCACCUGCCGCCUGCCACCCCAACAAAGCCUUCACACUGCUAUGGAGGUCUGAAUCCGAGCUUUAGCUAUUCGGCCAUCAAUGGGGCGUUCCAGCCGCCAAGGAUUCCCCAGAAUGUCCAGAAUGCAGUGAGGCGUGUCUCUCUUGUGAGUCAGAAUCGACCAAAUCCAGCCACCAAUCACGUGUACCAGCAACCAAGGAAUGCCCCAAAUGCAGGUAACCUCGGCGUGAGGAGACUCACUAGUUUUAGACCCCAGAAAAGGAAAGCGGACUGUUACAUGGCGUCUACCACCCACCCGAAGGGUCCACGCUGUUAUGGAGAGGAAAGUAAACAGGAUUUUUUUGCGAAAAUAGGUCUGAAUCAGAGUUUUAGCAAACAAGGUCUGGCCACCAGUGUGAUGUACCAGCAACCAAGGCACACUCAGGAUUCAGUCACUAGGUGGAGACUCCAGGAGAGGAGGCCUGACUGCUACCCACUGCCUGACAGCCCCUGGAAGGGUCCACGCUACUAUGGAGGUCGGAAUCAGAGUCUUCUCAAGCAAGAUUUAGCCAGCAAUGAUGUGUUCCAGCAACCCAGGAAUGCCCAGAAUGCAGUCACUAGAAACGGCAUUCUGGAAAGGAGAGAUGACCACCUGCCACCUGCCCCCCCAACAAAGCCUUCAUGGGGCUAUAGAGGGCUGAAUCAGCACUUCAGCCAGGAUGAUCCAGCCACCAGGUGGAUCAGAAGGGAGUCAAUGAAUGGCCAGAAUUCAGGUAACCUUGGUGCGAUGAGACAUAGACGCUCUCUUGCUACUUGA